UUCCGGCUACGUCAGGGCGUCAGGACUCCAUUAGAGUUGCAGCUGUUUAGAGAGAAACAUCAACAAAAAACGAGCUGACAUUAGGCUCUGAGUCUGGCAACAAGGCCUUCAAGGCUCCUUCUGGAAGCGUAACCUAAAUUUCCCACCCGGAGCUUCGCCGGUUUCUAACCACGGCCGCUCUCGGUGAGGAAACUCUGGCCUCCGCUUCCUCCUCCUCCGACUCGGACACCGGCGGAGCGUCGCCGCCCCCGCGGAAGAAACACCGAGCCUCGGCGGCGGAGGGAGCAGGAGAGCCCGGGGCUUCAGCCGUUGUAACAGGCCUCUCUGGAGUUGUCCUAGGACUUGCAGCGCACUCUCAAACCACCUCUACCAUCCACUUUAAUCGAAGCGUCGUUAACAACUUUAGCAGCAACAUGCAGUCAAACGGGGCAGGACAGGGACAAGAAUCCUCUGAGCUUCCCUGCCUGAACAGCGCACAAAACGGGGAGUCAUCCUCGGCCGGUGGGACUCACUCAAACGGGCUUCUGUCCAGCGCGGACAACGGUAACGGUGUCGGUACCAGUAACGGGUCUUCUGUGGGACCCUGUUCGGGGACUUCGGCUACCUCCACGGCCUCGAGCUCGGAGGUGGGCUCGCUGAAAAAGAAGAAACGUCUGUCGCAGGCAGAGGAAGAUGUCAUACGAUUAAUAGGACAACAUCUUCACGGACUGGGGCUGAAUCAGACGGUGGACCUGCUGAUGCAGGAAUCAGGCUGCAGACUGGAGCACCCUUCAGCCUCCAAGUUCCGCAGCCACGUCAUGGAGGGAGAGUGGGACAAGGCUGAGAAUGAUCUCAACGAGCUGAGAGCACUGAUGCAUUCUCCCAACGCUAUUGUGCGUAUGAAGUUUCUACUGUUGCAACAGAAGUACCUUGAGUAUUUGGAGGAUGGCAAGGUCCUGGAGGCUCUGCAGGUUCUCCGGGGAGAGCUGACGCCACUCAAAUACAACACGGAUCGGAUCCAUGUCCUUAGCGGGUACCUAAUGUGUAGCCACGCUGAGGAUCUACGCGCCAAGGCAGAGUGGGAGGGCAAGGGCACCGCCUCUCGCUCCAGGCUCCUGGAUAAAUUACAGACGUACCUGCCCCCCUCUGUGAUGCUGCCUCCUCGGCGACUACACACUCUGCUACGGCAAGCUGUGGAACUACAGAGGGAUCGCUGUCUUUACCACAACACCAAGCUGGAUAACAACCUGGAUUCAGUGUCCCUUCUCCUCGACCAUGUUUGCAGCAGGAAACAGUUUCCCUGCUACACUCAGCAGAUUCUGACAGAACAUUGUAAUGAAGUCUGGUUCUGCAAAUUCUCAAACGAUGGCACCAAACUAGCAACUGGCUCUAAAGACACUACUGUCAUAAUUUGGCAAGUGGACCCGGAGAGCCACCAGCUGAAGCUGCUGCGAACCCUGGAGGGCCACGCAUACGGAGUCUCCUACUUAGCUUGGAGUCCUGAUGACACCUACCUGAUCGCCUGUGGACCUGAUGAUUGCUCAGAACUCUGGCUCUGGAAUGUUCAGACGGGGGAGCUGCGGACCAAGAUGUCCCAGUCCCACGAAGACAGUCUUACCAGUGUGGCCUGGAAUCCUGACGGCAAACGCUUUGUCACUGGAGGACAAAGGGGGCAGUUUUAUCAAUGUGACCUGGAUGGUAACUUGUUGGACUCCUGGGAAGGAGUGAGAGUUCAGUGCCUGUGGUGCCUGGGGGAUGGGAAGACUGUGCUGGCCUCGGACACCCAUCAGCGUAUCAGAGGGUACAACUUUGAGGACCUCACAGACAGAAACAUAGUGCAAGAGGACCACCCUAUCAUGUCUUUUACCGUUUCAAAGAACGGCAGAUUAGCUUUGUUAAAUGUAGCAACUCAGGGAGUGCACCUGUGGGAUCUUCAAGAUCGGGUGCUUGUGAGGAAGUACCAAGGUGUGACCCAGGGCUUCUACACCAUCCACUCCUGCUUUGGAGGACACAAUGAAGACUUCAUCGCUAGUGGCAGCGAAGACCACAAGGUGUACAUCUGGCAUAGGCGUGGCGAACUCCCUAUUGCCGAGCUCACAGGCCAUACACGCACCGUUAACUGUGUGAGCUGGAACCCAGCCAUCCCAGGCCUCAUGGCAUCAGCCUCAGACGAUGGCACAGUGCGCAUCUGGGGUCCUGCUCCAUUUCUCGAUUCACAAGAGGCAGACGGACUCAACGAAAACAGCAGUAACAUGGACAGUUGAUGGUGACCUACAGAGCAGAUGACGUCUCACUUUGACAACAAUCCAACAAACCUACGACGACAACAAACCACAAAUGGGCAACAAAAAUUUGAUAUCACCAGAGAGAAAGUGAAGGAAACCCUCAAAAAAUGUUAACGACCCAUCAGAGAAAACCAACGUGAGGAAAAACGAGGCUUCAGACCGGCCAAGACAAACGGUGGACGUGAUGUUGGACUCUUGGAGUUUCAGGUCCUCAUCCAAAAAAAGAAAAAAAAGAAUUGGGAUCCCUUUCUAAAGGCCUGGAAA